GAUGGCAUCGUCUGGUCUCCGCGGGCGGGGGGCCCUUGUCCCGGCCCGGCCUCACCCCCCGCUGUGGCCUUUCCCGGUGGGGCCGGGCCGAGGCCGCGGGGACCGGCGCACCCCGAGCGCUGUGGGGGCCGGGCCCAGCCCCUGGUCGCGAUGUUUCCCGCUGGGCUCUGGCUCUAGGAUGUUGGAGGCCCGAGAGGAAGAGCUGACCACGGUGCGUGUUCAGGACCCCCGGGUGCAGAACGAAGGCUCCUGGAACUCCUAUGUGGAUUAUAAAAUCUUCCUCCACACCAACAGCAAGGCCUUUACUGCCAAGACCUCAUGUGUGCGGCGUCGGUACCGUGAAUUCGUGUGGCUGAGGAGGCAGCUCCAGAAGAAUGCUGGCUUGGUGCCUGUCCCAGAGCUGCCCGGGAAAUCCACCUUCUUCGUGGGCAGCACAGAUGAGUUCAUCGAGAAGCGGAGACAGGGGCUGCAGCAGUUCCUGGAGAAGGUUGUGCAGAACGUGGUCCUCCUCUCCGACAGCCGGCUGCACCUUUUCCUGCAGAGCCAGCUCUCGGUACCCGAGAUAGAGGCGUGCGUGCAAGGCCAGGGCUCGCAGACAGUGACAGAAGCCAUCCUGCACUACGCCAUGUCCAACUGCGGCUGGGUGCAGGAGGAAGAGAGCCGUCCCGUGCUGCUGCCCGGAGAAGACCUGCACGGCAGCUGUGCCGGCCUGGGAAGCCCGCAGGGUCCGAGCCGCCUGGAGACCUUCCCGUACUGGAGCGACUUCGGCAUGGAUGACACCCACUCGGACAGUCCGGAUGAGCCAGCUGAGCCCUUGGGCGGACGGCGGGAGGUGCAGUAAACGGCUGUAGCGACCUCGCCUGCCUUCCCCGGGACCUGCAGCCCUUGCUGGAAGAGAGACCGCUGCUGAGCCGCAGGGAUGUCCAGGCUGGCGGGACUGGGGCUGUGCUGGGAACACGGCCUUGUCCCGGGCUCACGUGCUCUCCCCCUGCUGACUCUCGACUGUCCUUGAUGUCCCAGGCAGUGUGUUCGUAUCGCUCCUCUCGUUGGAGAGGAGAUCUAGUGGUUAGUGAAACCUGUGUUUGUUGUUCCCAUGGCCUUUGCUUGCUGACUGGAGCAGUAGCGGGGCUUACUUAGGUUGCAGUGCCAGCAAGAGCCUGUGUUUUUGGCAUGUCCCUGGCCCGGGGCAGGGCGGGAUACGCUGGCUUACAUCCAGCACGAUGGAGGAAGGCUUCCCUUGGUGGAGCUGCAGGCUGGGAGCAGGGGCUGGGAUGGCCCAGCAGGUCUCUUUAGUCCCCCGUGUUCCCCUCCACACUGCAGGCAGCGGGAGGCUGCAUUUCCCCGUUAAUUCUCCCUGUGCAGCUCCGGGGGAGGGUGGUCUCAGCUGCGCGGAGCCGGAGCCCACACGUGGGUUGCGGAGGCCGUAUCCACACCUGGGGCCUCCUGGCACAGCUCGCCCCACAGGUUGCCUGCAGCUGGGCUUCUCCCCGGGAGCGUGGGGCAGGGGAACGAGUCAGUGGGGAGGCAGAGAGGGGGCAGUUUGCCUCCCCUGCCCUGUUGAGGCGUUGCUCCUUCCACACACGCCGCUUGCCGAGCACAGGGGGAAUGGGGGUCUCACAGCUGGGAUCUGGUUUGCUCAGAAAGAAGGAGCACGUAGCUGCCUCGGAGCGGGUGCCCGGCAGCGCUGGGGCUCUGGUUACUCCUGAUGCCUCUCCCUGUGCUCUCCUGCACCUUUUCGUCCCACCCUGGGCACUGGUGAAGGCAGAGCCGACGUGCUCUGACUGGAAAUAAAAAUGAAGUAGAAGAGA